AUGGCCCAGCACUAUUUAUGGAUCUUGCUUCUUUGCCUACAAACCUGUCUGGAAGCAGCUGAAAGCAACACAAACAUCCUCACCGUGAAUGGGAUUCUGGGGGAGACAGUUACUUUCCCUUUAAAUAUCCAAGACGUACAGCAAGUUACCAUCAUUAAUUGGAGGAAUUCCAAAACAUCUGUUGCUGUUGUAAUGGCCCACUCAGACAAACCCCCACAAGUCCUUGUGACCCACCAAUAUUAUAAUCAACGAAUAAGCGUCUCGAGUCAGAACUACAACCUGGAGUUGAGCAAUUUGAGGAUGGAGGAUUCAGAGACCUACAAAGCUGACAUAAAUACAAACAACUCCAAAAAGGAGACAUUCACCAGGACCUACAAACUUCAAGUUUAUCGUAGACUUGGGAAGCCGAAAAUUACUCAGAGUUUAAUGACAUCUGAGAACAGUACCUGUAAUGUCACACUGACAUGCUCUGUGGAGAAAGAAGAAAAAAAUGUGACAUACAUGUGGAGUCCCACAGGGAAAGAGGGUAGCGUUCUUCAAAUCUUCCAGAUUCCCAAAAACCAAGAGCUGACUUAUACCUGUACCGCCUGGAACCCCGUCAGCAACAAUUCUGACUCCAUCUCUGCCCAGCAGCUCUGUGCAGAUAGCGCCAUGAGCAUCCAUAUGCACCACGCGAGGUGGCUAAGCGGACUGGUUGUGCUCUUUCUGGUGAUACUCAUCCUUCCUGCAGUGCUUGUGUUCCUGUUUUGGAAGAGAGGACGAGAUUCCUCCUUCAAGAUCCUCAAGAGUAAGAAGAAACCUGAUGAUGUCUCAAAGAACACAAUAUACACAUGUGUCACGGCUCCAAAGGAUCCUCAGCCAGCAGAGCUCAGAAUCUACGAUGAAAUCUCGCUGUGUAAGAUGGACAAAACCGUCAGCACCCAGGACAGAAAACCUCCUGGGAUUCCAAGCUAUGUAUCUGUGAUCUAG